AUGACAACGAAGUGGACAUCUACUAAACUACGCGAAGCCUUUAUCGAAUAUUUCAAGACAAGCAAUCACACGAUUGUGGAUAGCUCGUCUGUCAUACCACAC